AACAUUGACUCAAAAUGGUGGAUAUUUGUCAUCAAAUGAUUUCCAUCUAAUUUCCAUAAUGUACGUGCGACAAUAACACCGCGUACUCAAGUUCAGAAUAAAAAGUUUAAUUAAUUGACAUGACUUAAUGAUAAAUUCGUUGUGGCCACCUAAUCGAAUAUUAACAUAAAAUGUGCGAUGCAUGUUCGGAGUUUCUCCAAUUGCUCGUUUCGUACGAAAGUCAAAUAAGCAGGGACAGCAAUGAAUUGCCAAACUUAUCAAAACACGAUGUCACCACUGUACUAAACUAUUCGCACACAUGGCCCUCGAGGCAGUGCAUGUGUUGUUAUCGAGACCCGAAAAACCUCGAACGAUUUAGUCUCGUCACUCAAGGUAUUAUAUACUUGGUUGUGUGUCAGUUAAAAGAACUUAGCGAAUCCCAUGUUGAACACAAAAAUGAGAACAAGAAAAUCGGGGAAAUAGAAGAAUCUUCCAAAGAAAAAGAAGAAAGAGAACAUAAGAUCUCGGAACGGGAUAAAUUAUUAAUAUUGGUUACAAAAAUAUUUUUGUUGAACUUUCCGUUGUACGUCGCUUUUAAACAUACCAUACAAGCCAAACUGGAUGAACUUACCCAACAAGAAAUGCAAACUUUAAAUUUAUUUUGUGAUUUACACGAUUCGGAAAUACCAAUUUAUUUAUUGAGAAAUGUGAGUUUAUUUUGUAAAACAGGAGGGUUGCAUGCUAUGACGGCUUGUUUCACACAUUUAACACCCGAGGAAUUACCUGUUUCAACAGCUCAUGCCAUGAUCUCAGUCGUUUGUAAUUUAAAAUUGUGGAUGAAUUUUAAAAGUAUGGUCUCUCUUUUGGUACCCUUACGUUCUUGCGUAUUGCGUUAUAUGUGUAAACUUUCCGAUCAAGAUUUAAGAACACCCACUAUAAAAAGCAUGGCAGAUUUUAUGUGGAACGCUAUAAAAGAUCCUUUAGAUACCCCGAUGGCAUUCGAUUUAGAUGGCUUAGAUUUAGCAUUUAAAUACUUUACAUCAAGCACCUUAACGAUGCGUUUAGCUGGAAUUACUCAAAUUAAUAACCAAAUUGGUGUUCUUGCCGAAUUAUGUGUUGGUGAGGCACUUCCUGAAGCUGAAUCGGCUCCAAGAAACAUGGCAGAUUGGUUGAUUAGUAAUAAUAUUAUUUCUCAUAUAUUUGGACCUAACUUACACGUUGAAGUUAUAAAACAAAGUCAUAUAAUAUUAAAUUUCUUGGCGAUGGAGGGGAGAAUAACUUGUGAACAUAUGGAUAUAAUCUGGGCGGCGGCUCAACUCAAACACUGCGCAAGACCGGUACAUGAUUUACUUCCGGGAUUGGUAAAGCAUUUAUCGGCACCGCCUGCAUUACAUUUGUACAGUUUGUUGGUGAAGCUAGAACCAAAAGAACAUACAGAACAGACUUUAUUUUUGGCGUCAGCUUUAAUUAAAUUUAUUUGGACUCGAGGUGGUGCUGGAUCUGAAGCGGGUUUAAUUGGGUUAGCAGCAAGUCAAGCUGGUAUUCCUUUGCAUAAAUGUCCCAGUUCAUCUGAAAAUAGUGUUAGUUUGGAUGCUAGUAAUUCUGAAGAAGAACACGUUCGCGGACGACUGGUUUGUAUUGCAGUUUCGCCCUCACUGCUUUCACUGCAUCAGGCUGAAACUUCAGCUCAAUCGGAAAGUCAUAAAUCUGAAAGUGAAGAUAUUGAUGGUGUUGAAAUCGACGAAGAAAUUGAAGAACACAUCGUUAUUGAUAGUAGCGAAGGCCCAACUCCUUGUAAAGUUGCAAGAAAACAAGCUGCUUGCGAAGUUUCAGAUAUAAGUAAGGAUACAGCGAAAGAACCAUCAACAUCAAUCGGUGUAAGAAGUUUAACAGAAAAACUACAAAUGUUUACUGGAAAAAAGAAACCCAAUAAUUCCGGUGAUAUGCCAGAUGGUGUCGAAACGAUAGGUUCAAGUAGUUCGCAAGAAGAAGCAAUGGGAGAGGAAUCAACAAAGUUCCGAAAACGUCGAAAAGUGUUGCGUAAAACUCGGACAAAAAGUAAAAAAUCAAAACGCGCCGCUCCAAAUAUGCCAGGAAUAAGUGCAUUAAGUGAUGUUGAGGUUGACGAUAGCGAACAAGAAUUAAAAAGAGCGGCAGCAAUUAAAGAGGCCGCAGCGGCAUUAAUUAUUCCAACGAACGUUAAUAGUUUGGUUGAGGCCAAUUUAAAAGAGGCAGCUUAUUUAGAGGAAAGUUCAUCAUCCAGUGAAUUAGGUAAAGAUGUUUCCAUGGAAGUUCGUGAACCGGAAUGUGCCAAUUCGUUUUUGGCGAUCGCCCCACGGACCGGUGCAAGUCAUAUUUUGGAAUUGUUAAGUGGUGAGGAGGCAGAAGCAGAAGGUGAAGCUGAUGGAAGUUACUCCUCAAGGAUGAGUAAUAAAUCAGAAAAAAAUAUGGCUGAUUUUGAUGGCGAAGAUUCUGUUUGCGAAGAGGAACUUGCCCAAUUGGAACAUGCUCAAAUGAAUUUGCACAAUUUUGGGAAUCAAUCUUCUCCAGAAAAAUCUCCAGUUCGCGUUGAUCCAAAAUUAUCCGCUUGUUUUAAAGUUGAUAACGUUUGCCAACCGGGAAAUACGUUAUUAUGGGAUUUAUUACAGGAUAAUAAAAUUGGUUUACUCGGUGAAGGGCUUGCACUUGAAGCAGAAAAGGCUCUAUGUAAUCUUUUAUGUUAUAAUACCGAUAGAGUAAUUCGUAUGAAAUUUAUUGAAGGAUGUUUACAUAAUUUAGCUAAUAAUAUGACUGUAAUCGUUUCAUUAAGAUUACUCCCAAAAUUAUUAACAUCAUUUCAACAAUUUCGCGGCGUUGAUAUGCAUCACGUGACUCAAUGGGCCGAAAGACAACAUUCUAUGAUGUCCCAUUUUUUCAAUAAUUUAAGAACUUACACAACAGAUAAAACAAAAGCUUUACCAUUAUAUACGCACAUUAUGCAAGUUCAAGUUCGAUUGCAUUUUUUGUCAGCCGUAUUUUCACCGUUAGUAUCCCCAAAUACUUUUAAAUUAACAUUAGAACAAGUAGAUACGUUAUGGCAAUGUUUAGCACACGAUUCUGAAUGUGCUGACGAACUUUUUAGUUGGUUAUUAUCUCAAGCGAAAAGCAGUGAUUUACACGCAUUAGGAAUUGAAGCGCUUAAACGUUUAUAUCUGAUCCAUUUACCUAGUUUAGCACCGGAAAAUUUUAGCAUGACUUGUUUGAGUCUAUUUCAACAAUUAUGUAAUUUAGCAAGAAUUGCCACAGCUAAUAUGGAUGCCCAUGGACAGGAUGGUUAUGUGAUUGGGAUGGAUCAUAUGUGGAAAAUUGCUUUAAGAGCAGCAAAUACAGAUGUAAGCAUGGCGGCAAUUCAAUACCUUAAUAGUUAUUAUAUGGGACAAAAUUUAAAGCAUGAGAAACAAUUUGUUUGGCAAUGUAUGACACAUUUAGAAGCAGCCACAAAAGAUUUAGCAAGUGCUGAUGGUGUAGGAGAGGAAGAUGCUCCUUUAUUGUGUAUUCAAAGAGCUUUACUUUUAUUAAAAACCCAUAUGGAAACAUUUAGAAGAAGAUAUGCGUAUCAUUUACGUAGAUGGGCUUUGGAAGGUCAAGGUGUAAGUAGUCAUGUUGUAACCCCCACAGAACGUUCAUGUACACCAAUUAGAUUGGUUGUCCAACCAGCUGGAAUGUCGGAACGAUGCGUUUUGGACUUAUUAAGUUCUGAUUAUGUGGCUGACCUUCGAGCGGAAAUUGUAAAAUGGUGGGAAGAUUUAUGUAGGUUAAAAAAUACCGAAGGCGAAACGAAAACACCAACGUCAAUAGUCCUUCAGCACAAUCCUGUUAGAAUAAUCACUCAAGGACAAGAAUUAACCACAGAUUGUGAUGAAAAAACAUUAGGGGAAAUGGGACUUAAAGAUAGUCAGAUGGUGUAUAUAUCAAUGGGGGUUUCUCGCAACUUAAAAAAAAGAGAAUGUAUGGAUUCACCAUCACUACACCCCCCACCACCCAGAGAAUCAAUACCAACCCUUUUAUUAUUAGAACCAACUUAUUUUGAGCAAUUAUUUAGCUUAAUGAGGACAUUAAGUGCCAUGAAAGCUUCUGUAAAAGGAGGGCACAAUAUUCCACAUACGAAAGCACAAGUUUUAAGUAGAAGAGUUUGGGAAAUACUCAGUUUAUUACCUACAAGCCCUACACUUUUACGGGGAUUUAAAAAUCUUGACACACCAUUAACCGAACUAUUAGAUCCAUCAAGUCCCCAAAAAUUAAUGUAUUCUUUAUACAUUGUUGAAAGCUUGAGUGUUAAAUUACAUGGUCCUAAAAUUAAUGAUAUCCAAGAAGAUUGGAGUCGAAUAUUCAUUCAACACGGUGGAUUACGUCAUUUUUUUGAUAUUUUCAUGUCUGGUGUUUUACAACGUGUUGGUGAUGACGGAAGCGAAUGGCAACAAGAUUGUCUCGCUUCUUUAUUAAAGUUAAUGUGGCAAUUAGGUGUAGAUCCACCUUUAGAAUCAUCAAGACCAAGUAGGUCAGAUAAAAUGAUAAUUCCCGGCCUAAAUGAAGCAAUGCAAAACAUGAUGAAUGUUAAAACUGUAAUGCCACAAUUAACAAGUAUUUUAGAAGAAAUUUCAUUACCAAGAGAUCCAAACCAUUAUAAAACUGGAUUUUGGGGAAGAGCGCAAGUUGUACAUUACGCAAUGUCUUUAUUAGUUUCUUGGUUACAUUGUAGUGAAGAAGCUCGACAAGGUUUAUUUCAAACUCCGAAAUUUUCGAUUUGGCUUCAACGAUUAGUUUUGGAAGAUCCAGAACCCUCUGUGCGGAGAGAAGUUUGUUCAGCACUUUACAAAUUGUGUCUUGGUGUUUCUUCGCAAGGAGAUUCAUUCGAUAAUACUUUAGUUGCUCCAAUGUUAUCUCAAUUGUUGCUAUACAUGGAAAAAGCUGAAGGAAUGAGACCUCAAAAACUUGAAGUUCCUGAAGAUGGUAAAGAACCUUAUGGACCAGCUUGUAGAGAUUAUUUUUGGUUAGUUUCACGAUUGGUUGACAGUCUACCUGAUGAUUUCAUUAAAGAAAGUAUUGAAGAUCCCCAAAAUUCAAUCAUCGAUGUUAACGGCCUCACCUCGCGUAUAUCUCAAUCAGUCCUCUCAAGGGAUUUCUUAGAAACGAGACAUCGAACUGUAGACGAUGAUGGUCUCAUCGGCCUUUUAAAUUUACUAACAAAUCUAGUUAAACAAAAACCACCGUUUCAAACGAGCAAACAAGGUCAAGAACUACUUUGUGAAGUUUUCGAGUUUCUUUUUGCUUUACCAAGUCCAAAAUUGAGACACGUUCCGAAAUGUAAAUCUGCGCGAUCCAGAACGGCCGCUUUCGAUCUUUUGGUCGAAUUGGUUAAAGGGGCACCGGAAAAUUACAAUAUGUUACAUGAAAAAUUGUUGAAACAACAUCAACCAGGACCUAAUUCUCCAUACCCUUGGGAUUAUUGGCCCCAUGAAGACGGUAGAUCCGAUUGUGGAUACGUUGGAUUAACGAAUUUGGGUGCUACUUGUUAUAUGGCGUCUUGUAUGCAACAUUUGUAUAUGAUGCCACAAGCUAGGGCUUCUAUUUUAGCAGCAAAUACAGAACAUUCAAAACAUGAGUUGACAUUAAAGGAAUUACAAAGAAUGUUUGCAUAUUUAUUGGAAAGUGAAAGAAAAGCGUACAAUCCAAGAAGUUUUUGUAAAGUAUAUACAAUGGAUCAUCAACCAUUAAAUACAGCAGAACAAAAAGAUAUGGCCGAAUUUUUUAUAGAUCUCGUGAGUAAAUUAGAAGAGAUGACACCAGCUUUGAAAACGGUGGUUAAAGAUUUAUUUUGCGGCGUACUUAGUAAUAAUGUUGUUUCUUUAGACUGUGAUCAUGUUAGUCGUACUUUAGAAGAAUUUUAUACGGUUCGUUGUCAAGUGGCUGAUAUGCGAAAUCUUUACGAAUCACUGGACGAAGUAACUGUGAAAGAUACCUUGGAAGGUGACAACAUGUACACUUGUAGUCAAUGUGGAAAAAAAGUUCGGGCCGAAAAGCGAGCUUGUUUUAAAAAAUUACCCCAUAUUUUAUGUUUUAACACAAUGAGAUAUACUUUUAACAUGCUCACAAUGUUAAAAGAAAAAGUAAACACACAUUUUUCGUUUCCAUUACGUUUAAGCAUGGCUAGUUACGUUGAAAAAUAUUUAAUGCCACAGCAUUACCAAGAAGAACGUUUAAAAACAAAUGAAGAAGAAGAAGAACAAUACGAAUAUGAUUUGAUUGGUGUUACAGUUCAUACGGGAACUGCAGAUGGUGGACAUUAUUAUAGUUUUAUAAAGGAUCGUACAGCGGGUGCUCGAGAUAAAUGGUUUUUAUUUAACGACGCUGAAGUAAAACCAUUUGAUCCAAAUCAAAUCGCUGCGGAAUGUUUUGGUGGUGAAAUGACUAGUAAAACUUACGAUAGUGUUACAGAUAAAUUUAUGGACUUCAGUUUUGAAAAAACUAAUAGUGCAUAUAUGUUAUUUUAUGAACGUUGUCCUAUAAAUGCGGAUAACACUGAAUACCCAUCAACAACUUUAGAAUCUUCAGCGGAAACUUCCGCGAAUUCUUCACCAAGGCCAGCUUCACCAACACCGUCGAUGACGUUUGAAUUAAGUAAAGAAUUAGAAGAUUGGAUUUGGCAGGAUAAUAUGCAUUUCAUUCAAGAUAAAAAUAUUUUUGAACACACUUAUUUCAAUUUUAUGUGGCAAAUCUGUGGAUAUAUACCACAAACAAUAAUGCCAAUUCAACCCGAUAUAACACAAAGCGCAGCACGAUUAUCAACAUCGUUUUUUAUCGAAACGUUCAUACACGCUAAAGAAAAGCCAACUAUGGUACAAUGGGUAGAAUUAGUUACAAAACAAUUUAACGCUUGUCAGGAAGCUUGCGUUUGGUUUUUGGAACAUAUGGCGCAAGAUACAUGGUGGCCAGUUCAGGUUUUAUUAAAAUGUCCUAAUCAAAUGGUUAGACAAAUGUUUCAAAGGCUGUGUAUUCAUGUUAUACAACGAUUAAAACCUACUCAUUCAUCUUUAUAUUUAGCUGUUGAUGAUAGUAAUCAUCGACAUGAUGGUGGAGCUGAUGAUGAUCGAUAUAACGUUGAUCCAACUAAAAUUGGAAAUGCUUCUUGUGUAACAAAAUUUGUUAAAACUUUACUUUCAUUGAUGGAACAUGGUGCUAAAGCUCACUUAAAACAUUUAACAGAAUAUUUUGGAUUUUUGUAUGAAUUUAGUAGGAUGGGUGAAGAAGAAUCAAAAUUUUUAUUGAUGAUUGGUACAAUUCAUACAAUGAUUGAUUUUUAUUUAGGGCAUAAAGUACAUGAUUUUGUUGAUGUAAGUGAAGGUGAAGAAGAAGAAGAAGUUGUAGCUUUACCAACGGAUAAAUAUAAACCAGCUUCUUUAGAUAAAAUGAUUACUUUAAUAGCAUCAUUAGUAGAAAAAAGUCGUGAUACAGAUUUGAGAUUAAAACUUAGUAUUAAAGAUUAUAACGCGGUAGCUGGUGGAAAGGGUUUCCCAUUUUUAUACCAACAAAUAAAAGACAACAUCAAUCUCCAACAAACAAGAAAUUUAAUUCAUUCUCUAUGUCGAGGAAAUGAACGUUUAGCCACAUCAAUUAUUGCAAUGCUAUCUCAAGCGAUUAGUAGAAAUGCAGAUUCUUGCCAGCCAUUUUUUAAACUACUUACUUUACUCACUGAAGGCGGAAGUCAAAACUCUGCAGGUCCUUCUGGUUUACCAUGUUUCACUCAACUUGUUUUACAAAGAGUUUGGGAAGCUGCCGAAUGUUGUCCUUACUCAGCAUUAGAUUGGUUGGCAUUACAAGUCACCAAAAGUCGAUUAGUACAUCAAUGGGUUCUAUCAUCUUUGGAUACUUGGGUUGAACAUUUUUUAUUAGGCCAUGCUAAUCAAAGAGUUAGAAGCGCUGCUGGAUUUUUAUUAGUAUCCCUAGUUCCUAGCACACAAUUUCGACUUGGUUUUCGUGCAACUCACCGUUUACACAGAGAAGCCCAAUUAACUGGGGAGGCUCAAGUAGUUCUUCAUCAAGUUUACACCGCUUUAUUAAGACUUCUUGGUCCAGCUAAACAUUACACAGACAUGCAACAUCAUGGCACAAUGAAAUUAACAACUUAUUUUACGUUGAUGAUGUAUUGUUGUAUAUCAAGGACUGAAAAAUUAAUGUUUGGACAAUAUUUAAUGCAACUAUGGCAUUUAUUCCAUCCAAAACUUUCUGAACCAGCCGUUCCAGCACAUCACAAUAAACAAGCAUUAUUAGCUUUUUGGAACCAUGCAUGUACAGAUUGCCCAGAAAAUGUACAAAUAAUGCUUCAAAAUGCUCACAUUACAAAAAAUAUAGCUUUCAAUUACAUUCUAGCUGACCAUGAUGAUCAAGAAAUUGUAAUGUAUAACCGUACGAUGUUACCAGCGUAUUAUGGUUUAUUACGAAUGAUGUGUCAACAAUCGAGGAUUUUUACACGUCAUUUAGCGAAUCAUCAAAAUUUACAAUGGGCGUUUAAAAACAUCACACCACAUCCGACCCAGUAUUCGGCGGCUGUCGAGGAAUUAUUCAAACUGAUGCAAUUGAUGGUAAUGAAACAUCCGGAAGCGUCCGAUAUUGAACAAAGGGAAAUUUGUUCCUUUCGAAGGAACACUUUAACCACUUAUCUUCAGUGUUUAGAUGGUAGAACGAGUUGGUCGACCUUAAUAUCUGCUUUAAGGAUUUUAGUUGAUUGUAACGACGAUAGACUUUACGUCGUUUAUAAUGGAGGAUUACAAAUUGUUUGUGAUGCUUUUCAAAAUCUUCAUAUAAUGCUGCAUGAAGCAACGGCAUGUCAUGUAUCAGCUGAAUUACAAGAGGUUUUAUUAAUACUUUUAGAUUUAAUCCGUUGCGUUCGAUUAUUUAGGGAACCGAAAGAUUCCCGAGGAAUUUUACUUGCGUGUAAAGAUUGGGUUGAAGUUAUUAAAAAACUAGCAUCAUUAUUGAAUACGUAUAAUCCUCCAGAUUUGCGAAUGUGUUGUAUAGAAACAUUAAAAGAAUUUUUACUUGUAAUGCCGGUUGAAGCGCUAAACAUAUUGGUUCCAUUAUUAUCCCACUGCCAUUCAGCAUUUCAAGACAGUCAAGACGCUGUUCCAUUGGGGCCGUAUUUUCCAAGAAGGGGCCAUCCCUUACCUAGCAUCACUGGAAAAGGUGUUGCUAGACCUUUAAGGCCUAUGGUUCAAAUGACAGUUCCUCAAAAUCAACUUGAACAAAGCAGGGGUGUUGAUCCUGAAUAUGACGAAGCAUUAGAUAAAUUUUACAAGCCAUACCACGAAUUUAUUGAUACCUUGUGUCGUGUGGCGAUUAACGCGGACGCUUUAUCGGAACAACUAAUAACUUUAUCCGCCAUGGUGGGAUUUGAAGCCGUCCCUCUACAUUCCACAUUUUUCCCAAAAUUGUGGUUAGAGAAUAUGGAUAGAAAAUUUAUUUCAUUGCUGACAUCUUGUAAUUAUUUUGUUGAUUAUGUUGAUUCGGUUUUGUUGGAUGAACGUAUGGCCUUAACGAUAGACGUUAUUUAUCAAUUCAUUAGAGCGUUUUUCCCAAAGAUUUCCGCCCAUGUUCUGUCAGAACAAACCCUAACUAUGUUUGAUAAUACCGUGCUCGUUUUAAGUGAGCAAAUGAAUACGUGGGAUAUAAAGAAAAUGGCAAGAAGAAUCGCAGGCGAUUUACGAGCUUUAACUUUAGUUUAUAGCAGUCCCGAUACAGAUGUACCCAAUGUUUUGUGGUUAACAAUAGCACAAUUAGAAAUAAAAGUAAAAACUGAGCUCAACAAAUUACAACCACAAACAGAAACAACGAUAAUGGGAUCUACUAAUGAUGGUGAAGAAGAAUCAAACGACAAUACUCCAAAACCAAGUACAUCAAGAUCAGCUGAUGACGCAAACCCAGAAACGAGCCACGAAGAAAAAAAUGAAAGUGAUUCUGAAACACAAAAUACAACUUGUAGUGAGGAAAGUAGUGAGGAUCAAAAAGUUGCUUCUGAACCAACAACACUAGAUAAUUUGAGGUUAUUAAAUUCGGCGUUAAACGAUUUGUUGGUGGUCGUUUAUGAGAGACGAGGUAUAAGCUCCUAACGGGCACCGAUUUUUUCUAAUUACGACCAAUCUCUAAGUGUUCUCUUUUCACUAUGUGCUUAAAGAAAAGAUAAGAAUCGUUUUUGGCCCCCAUUGUGUUGACUCCACAUCUUACCCUAUCAUUUUUUUUUACUAGGGCUAAACGAUUAAUAGUAAAUGUGUACUCAUGAUGGUAUAAAACAAUUCAUUGAUUACUUAAAUAAUAAGAAAAAAAAAGGACUUCAUCCGUCUUAAAUUUUAAGCUUCUCGAUGGUAUCGCGAAAGCCCCUCGCGUGUGUGGCACUUUGUACAUUUGUCCCGCUGCAUUUUUUCAGUAUUUUUUGGCAUUACUCGUUAUUUUUUCUGUGUUCAUAUUUGAAUAAAUGAGAUUUUCUCAGUAUGCAGUUAAACAAAAAAACAGUUCAUUGUAACAUUUGUAAGUUGUAGCAGGGUAGAAACGUAAGUUAAUGGUUUAUUUUUCUUUUUUAAUAAUUCUAUUUGCUCUGUAUAGUUCAUGGUGCGUUUUCUUGUACAAUUCUCCCUAUUUUCUUCAGAAAAAAACUGUGUUAAAAUGCAGAUGUUUAAAAAAAAAAGAAAAAAAAAACGAUUUUUGAUUUCUUUAAAAAGACUGUUAAUAAAAUCUCUUUUAUAUUA